AUGUUAUUUAUUUUUUAUGCAAUAUUGAUUGUACAAUGUGCCAGUGGUAUUAAUGCAAAAUGGGCAGUUGAUGUUGAUUCGUCCAUUGUCGACGAAAUCCAAAGCAAUCCAUCAACUGGUUAUUUGAUAAAAUUUCAUGCCCCAUGGUGCGGACAUUGUCGACAUUUUGAACCUGUUUAUGAAGAAAUUGCUAAAGAAGUCAACGAAUUGUCGGCAACUGUUGAUGAAUUUAAAAAUAUUCGUAUUGUACGCAUUGAUGCAACUAUCUAUUCGGACGCUGCUAAUCAUUAUGAUAUACGUGGUUUUCCGACAGUUAAAUUUAUUCGUGGCUCACAAAUAAUUUCGUAUGAAAAUGAACGAACAAAAUCAGCGGUACUCAAAUUUUUAAAACGCGUCAAUGGACCAUCAUUAAGAUGGAUAUCAUCGGUUGAUAAAUUUAAUGAAAUACGCAAUGAACAUGACGUUUUCUUUUUACUUGUGACAACAACAAUGGUAUCUGAAGAUGAUCAACUAGUAAAAGAAUAUAAUAAUAUUAUUAAUCGUUAUCUAAGUCAAGCUUAUUUCUAUGCAACAAAUGAAUCAAUUGUUCAAGAAACAUUUUUUUCGAAUUAUAAAUCCGAUGAUGAAUCACAAAUAUUUGCUGUUAAAAAUGAAGGAGUUUAUUUAUAUAAACCCGAUGAUUAUAAUAAUAGUAUAGAAGACUUUAUUGUCAAAGAAAAGGUGGCUACCUUCCCACAAGUUGCUGCCGGAAAUAUGUAUGAUUUAGUUUUAACAAAGAAAAUAAUUGUUAUCUAUGGAUUUGAUGAAUCACCAGAAGCUACUAGUUCAAAUCAAAAAAAUAGUGAACUCAAAUCUCGAAUUCAUAACUAUUUGAUUAAUCAUAUUCCCGUCAUUCAUCAAACAUUCCAAUUUGCAUGGUCGAAUGAUCUUGAUUUACUUAGUAAUAUUGCUGUAUGGGCAGUCGAAGGACCACUUUUAUUUCUCUAUGAUAGUGUGCAGCGUAAAUAUGGUAUGCAUCCUUUGUCAUCUACGGAUGGUAAAACGAUUGACGUAGAGUCGAUUCUUGAUUAUGUGCUUUUGAAUCAUACACAAAUUAUCAGUCAAACAGGUAAUACAUUGGCAAAACGUUUAUUUCGUCCAUUUUGGGAAUUAUCUCGAACGCUGAUGGCUAUGUUUACUGAAUCGCCAUUUCUCUCAAUGCUUAUUAUUGGACUUCCAGCAUCGGUUUUGUCAAUUGUAUGCUAUUGUCUAUGUUGUUUGCCGAAUGAAACGAUGAAUGAUCCAGAUUAUUCCUAUGAAAUAAUAACAGAUGAUCAAAAUAUUGGACAAAAUGAAGAGGAAGAUGAUGACGAUGCGUCAUCGCCGCCAGUAACGCCCGACGACAAUCAGAAAGCAGUCACAGACAAAAAAGACGAUUAG